CAGCUGAAAAAUCUGAACCUUGCAAAGGAUGACUCAUAAGCUAUCACUUCUGCAAGGUACGUAAACCCAGACUCAUUCUUUGAUUAUUGACAUUUUGGAAUUCUAACAGCGCAACUUGGGGGAAAACAAUCCUUGUUUAUAGGAAAAUCAAGGACGGACACACAUUUCAGCAGAAGAGCACAAAUACACAUGUACACGCAACAGGAUGGGCCUCUCUCCAUCAGUUUACAACCCACCCUGUGUGUCAGAGGGUCUAGCCGGUCUGGAGAACAGAUGUCAAGUCUCCUUCCAUCUCCUUUGCUACCAACGCAGCAAUGUGCUGCUCCAAGAAAACAUCUGUCUAAGCAUUGACCAUCAGCAAAGGGGCCCCAUGAAUUAGCUCGUCCACCCUUUGAAACUCACAAGACUGUGUGCCACUCAGUUCUGAGCCCUGCCAGAUUCCUCUCCCUUUUACUUCUUGCCCAACAGCACUAAAUUAGAUCAUUUUGAAAUGUUACUGAGAUGUGAAGUGUACAAAACUUUAGCUCUGCAUACCACCUUUUCAUCGAUGCAGAUUUGUUCACUUAAUCAGAAGGUACAGUCCAAACAAACAGCUUUCAAAGUUCAAGUAUUCUUGAAAAAGCACAGACCCCUUUGAACCACGCAAUACACAAGUUCAGGACGAGAGCUACAACAUUUGUUGCACUUUUUUGAUGUGGGCUCUCAGAUGACCCAUGGAGAACAAAGAAAUGCAAAUCAUGACGCACCUCGUCCCCUCUGUCCUCACAUUCCUGAAAGUGUGAAAUUUGGAGGAGGUAAAGAGAGCCUUAGAAUCUACAAUAAGUUCAUUAGCACUGUAAUCACUCAAACAAAGGCAAAGCCAAUAGGACUUUACAAACUCUGACCCAUUACCCAUUACUUUUAAUUAGUGUUUUAAAUUGAAUAAAUCACUCAAGUAUUUAGUAGAAAUGAUGUAGAGUUGAGCAGGUUUUGAGUUAGAGGUCUAAUUGCAAAAUGCAUGUUUUAUCUAGUGGCAUUUAUUCAUGCUAAUAUUAAAGAGUUUGCUCAAAACUGCCUUAAAACUUUAUUUUUAUAUUAAACUUGUUAUCAGUUGAAUGGAUUUUCAAAAUAUUCACAGUAAAUCGACAAAGGACAGAUAAAGACAUUUAGUACGUGUUCAGCUGAUGAGUGCACUAUAGUGUAAUGGGACAUGAAGGGUUAAAUCUGUGGGGAGGGGAGGUGACGGCUAACCAAAAGAAGAGGGGGAUAUAAAAACACCAAAGGCUUCGUGGGCACGAGUUUGGAUGUGUUUGUGCUGGACUAAAGACACACAACGACGGAAGGGAACACACACGGACACACACUAGUCUUGAGCUGUGGUGUCGUGUGUUAUUUGACAGCACGCUUUUACGCAGAAGGUGUGUGUGGAUACUCUGCGCAAGAGCGGCUCAUACACCCUCCUGAGGACAGAGCUCAGAUGAGUUAGUCAGAGGAGGAACUUUGGAUCUUCAUCACACUGAAGAUGGGCUUAUAGUGAACUACACGUAUUCCUUGAAGACACAGUGGCAUUUGGAGAGGAUGACAGCACUUUGCGCAAUGCACCGGAGCGCAACAAUGUACCCGAAGUUUUAUAUUAGACGUGAAGGACAGACCACGAGGAUUUGAAGUGGUUUGAACUGGAGACUUUGUUGUUUUGUUUUGUUUUAUUUAUUUUUUAAACAUAAAAAGAAUGCUGCAGGUUCUCAAAAUAGUUUUCUUGUGCCGAUGUACCUGAUUUACCUGCGCACAAGUAAAACUCCAGUAUUUCCUCAAUAAAGAAGUUAAAAAAAAAUUAUCUCAACAUAUAUGCUUAUCUACUUUUGCAUUUUAUACUGAUGCUCAAUGGAAUGGUACAAAGCUUUGGAGUUUGUGAGACUUACUUUAUUGCUUUUUAAAGGUAGUUCAAGUUAUUUUUGGACAUCGGGAUUAUACCAUUUUUAAAAUCAGGAGCAGUUUCAGACGUGGAGUGAUUGGGCUUUUUUUAGAUAAUUUCUUGCCAGUAACUCUUUUUUCCCGUGAGUAUUGCUCUUCUGGACCCCGAGGUGGCUCCGCAGUGGUGUGGCGGCUCCUCGUCCGCGGCGGAUCCGGAGAUCGGAGUGUCUGCAGCGGCAGGAGGCGGCAGCGUAAGCCUGGCAGCAGCGGCGGCGGCAGCGGCGCAGGGUCCUAAGAGUGCUCGAGUGAAGAGGAUGGUGCGGCUGGCGGCGGAGCUGCUGUUGCUGUUGGGACUCCUUCUCCUGACGUUACACAUCACGGUGUUGCGGAGCAGCCCGCUGCAGCACGGAAAUGACACUGUGAGCUCGGAGCAGGUGGCGGAGAAUAAUGUCAAUGCAGAAAGCAGCUCCUCCGUUCAGUUGGGGCUGGGUGACAGAAAGUCCAGAGUGCCUCAUAUUUCAGCGUCUCAGCCCUGGGUUCAAAGUCACGGGACAGGGGGCAGCCUGCAGAGAGAUGGACCUGGAGCUUUUCUGCUGGACCUGCAGAACUUCCCUGAUCUUUCUAAAGCUGAUAUAAAUGGGCAAAACCCCAACAUUCAGGUUACCAUAGAAGUGGUGGACAGCCUGGAAGGUUCUGAGCCAGAGAAGGGACUACGCAAAGAAAACAAGCCUGGCUGGGCAGCUACUAACUGGAGAAACUGGUGGCAGCGUUCGUCUUCCUCGUCCUCAUCCUCUGUAUCCACCCCGAAGGGUCCUGAUGAACAGGAUUACCCCUACGAGAGCAACACAGAGGACAGCAACUUCCUCAAACCACUCGGAGACUGGGAGCGAAGAGGGUCUGCUGGCACAGGAAGCAGAUCGCAGACCGAAUAUGACUACAUAGAUGGUGAUGGUGACUGGAGUGGUUGGUCGCCAUGCAGCGUAUCCUGUGGAAAUGGCAACCAGAAGCGGACCAGGUCAUGCGGCUACGCCUGCACAGCCACAGAGUCACGGACAUGUGACAUGCCCAGCUGUCCAGGAAUUGAAGAUGCUUUCAGGACAGCAGCAACAGAAGUCAGUCUUCUCGCCGGCACUGAAGACUUUAAUGCAACAGAACUCUUUGGAGUUGAUACAGACAGCUGCGAGCGUUGGAUGAACUGCAAGAGCGAGUUCCUCAAGAAAUACAUGAGCAAAGUGGCCAGCGACCUACCUAGCUGUCCCUGCUCAUACCCAACCGAGGUGGCCUACAGCACCGCAGAUGUCCAUGAUGCCACCACAAGGCGCAACUUCCGCUGGAAGGACGCCAGCGGACCAAAGGAGAAGCUGGAGAUCUACAAACCCACCGCUCGCUAUUGCAUUCGUUCCAUGCUCACACUGGAAUCCACCACACUGGCAGCCCAGCACUGCUGCUACGACGACAGCAUGAAGCUCAUCACCCGUGGCAAAGGGGCCGGAGCGCCCAACCUCAUCAGCACCGAGUUCUCCGCCGACCUGCACUACAAAGUGGACAUCCUACCAUGGAUCAUCUGCAAGGGCGACUGGAGUCGCUACAACCAGGCUCGACCUCCCAAUAAUGGACAGAAAUGUGCAGAGAACCCUCAGGAUGAGGACUACUAUAAACAGUUUGAGGAGGCCAGAGAGUUCUAAGCUGAGAUGAUGCUAUGAACUCGUUUUGAAAACUGGCUGUGUGUUUGAACAGGACUUGCUAUGAGGAACAGACGGCACAGCCAACAACAAGCACAGAACAUCUUCAUAUGGUUUCCCUCAGAACCUUGGGUUGGAGCGUUUUCAUGGAAAGAAUAAUACCAAGUUACUCAUAAUGGUUCUCUUUGUAUUGUUUAUCUGUAUUACUUGGGCUAACAGAUUUUUUAUAAGGAGUAAAAGGGAAAACUAAAGGGAUGUCAUAUCAGGAAUCACCCACCAAUGAUCAGCUGACAGCGAGAGUUUCAUGUGUUUUUGCAUGCUUGCAUUAUGGCCAACAUGCAGUUGGAAACCCUCACCUCAGGAUUCUUGGACAGAUAUAAGAAUAUCGGAUACAAAUUCAGGUUCCUGUGUAAACAUGCAUAUAUUUGACAGAAUUCCUAUAUUAUGUCCUGUUGUAUCACUUUUCCUUUUUGAUAAAAACAAAACUGUUCUGCAUAAUCUUUGCAAAGUAUUUAUUGAGUCAUAGUUAUGUGUCGAUGGUAGGGGUUUGUGCAUAUACAUGUAUGGACACAUUUUGAGUGCUAAAUAAAUAGUCCAUGGCACAUUAAAUGUC